AUGUCGUCAUGGGAUCGAGUGGAUACAAUUUGUGAAUUGGUAUCGUUCCUGAAUAUAUAUGAACUUCGGUUAUUGGGUGCGUGCGUGGAAGGAGCGGCGCGACCAGCAUCUUCGACCCCUACGAUGCGGCAGCACGAAACUCGCUCUAAUUGCCCACAAUUUAUCAGCACAAUGGCUACGGAGAUGAGCCAGAUCCCAUAUGCUCUCAAAGUAGAAGCUGCUUAUAAUGUUGUUUGUUUGCUGAACUCUACAAAUCGCCAAGGUGCACAUGCUCUGAUCCGACUCAUAGAUCAUUUGAUGACAAUCAGAGAUCUGGAGUUGGAAAUGCUUUCAACUGAUGAGGCUCGUCGUGAAGUACUCAUCAAUCUCGGCAAACUAGGCAAGUAG